AUGGCUUUUUGUGGGAAGACUACUUUGUACAUCAUGGGCCUCCUGAUCUUCGGCUCUCUCAAUACUAUGUGUACCAAACUCCAGUUUGAGAUGACUUCGGUUGGUAUCAAUGGAGAUGUGAAGCACUUUAUGAAGCCGUGGUUCGGGACCUUAACCAUGUUCAUGGGUAUGUGUAUCGUUCUGCUCAUCCACUUUGUCGAUGUCUUCAUUGAUCGCAUGAGAGCCAGGAGGCAGCACGGUGAGGCUUACGAGGCCUUAUUGCGGCAACCACAACAGCAGCAGCAGAAGUUCGAGAAUGCUACACCUAGUUUUUGGAAAGCUGGUAUACUGAUAUUGGCCCCCGCUACCUUCGAUUUGAUCGCCACGACUAUGUCCUUCGUGGGAUUGUUGUAUAAUUCGGCGUCUGUUUGGCAGAUGUUGAGGGGCUCAAUGAUCAUCUUUUCCGCCAUUUUCUCCGUCUUCUUCCUUGGUAGGAAGCUACAUGGUUAUCAUUGGUUUGGGGUCCUCAUGUGCGUGGUCGCCAUCUGUUUAGUAGGCAUCGCCAAUAUCAUGUCCGGUUCUUCCUCUACGUCACAUGCUAGUACUGGUCUAAUGGUAUUUGGUAUGAUUAUGAUUGUCGCCUCGCAAGUCAUCCAAUCUCUACAAAUCGUAACUGAGGAGAAGCUCUUAAAGGGUUACACUAUUGCUCCGUUCCAUAUUGUUGGUAUGGAAGGUGUUUGGGGUACCCUCAUCUUGCUCAUCCUCAUCUUCCCAUUAUUAUAUUUUAUUCCCGGUAAGGAUGAAGGGUCUGCCGAGAAUACUUUGGAUACUAUGGUCAUGAUUGAAAACAAUAAGAAUCUACAGAUAAUGGUUGGUGUCUACAUUGUCUCGGUUUUCACCUAUAAUAUGGCUGGAAUGUUGGUCACUUACGCUCUCUCCGCCGUACAUAGGACAAUGCUAGAAGCUACUAGAACUGCUGUAAUCUGGAUAUGUGAUCUGAUUAUCCAGUAUCUUGUGGCUCCUGGUUCUAACUUUGGUGAAGUAUGGACUGCAUGGUCUUGGCUUCAGCUAUUUGGUUUCCUUCUCCUGGUCAUGGGUCAGGCUGUCUACUCUGAUCUCGUUAAAGUUCCCGGUUUCUAUUAUCCACCAAAGCCGCAGGUGGCCGGGAUGAUGAAGUCACCAGCAAGUGUGAGGUUCAAUGUUCCCGAGGUUGCUGAAGCUAUCCCUGAGGGGCCUCGUCAAGGUUGA